AUGACGGAGUCACAAGAUACAAACGGAAACGACGGGGGAGCGAGCUUCUUAGCGGACCGCUCCAUCGAUGACUAUCGCCCAAUUCGUGUGGUUGUCAUCGGCGCAGGCAUUUCGGGCAUACUUGCCUCGAUCCGCUUCCCCCAAAGAAUUCCAAACCUGUCUCUGGCAGUCUAUGAGAAGAACGAAGAUAUUGGGGGUACUUGGUUCGAGAAUCGGUAUCCAGGCUGUGCUUGCGAUAUACCUGCCCACGUGUACCAAGCCACUUUCUCACCAAACACCGAGUGGUCCCAAUUCUACGCGUCAUCUCAAGAGAUCCAUGCGUACUGGAAGAAGGUUGCCAGAAAGUACGACUGCAUGAAAUACAUCAAACUCCGCCAGCAGGUCGCCGGCGCUGUCUGGGACAACCAGGAAUCCAAAUGGACACUAAAGAUUCGAGACUUGGUUCAAAACUCUGAAUACACCGAUAAAUGCGAUGUGCUCAUCUCUGCUACCGGUGCGUUGAACUCGUGGAAUUGGCCAGAUAUCCCCGGCUUGCACAAGUUCCGGGGAAAGCUGUUGCACAGCGCGGCCUGGGAUGAGUCCUAUGAUUACAAGGGGCAACGAGUGGCCGUGAUUGGCAAUGGAUCAAGCGGAAUACAAAUCCUGCCGGCGAUGCUGCCGAAAGUCUCGCACAUUGACCACUACAUCCGAGGGAAAACCUGGCUGUCGCCAACUUUUGCUCGAGCAAUGAUUGAUGAGCGUAGAGGCGGCAUCGACAACUAUAUCGAGCUUGAACUGCAGUCCGUCCACGGAUCCACCAUCAGAGACACGCCAGAGCAGCUUGGGGCCGUGGGAUUGUUCACCGAGGCCAUGAAAAAAAGGCUCGAGAAGAAGCCAGAGUUGGCAGAAACUCUGAUCCCCUCGUUUCCACCUAUAUGUCGCAGGCUGACUCCCGGCCCGGGCUACUUGGAAGCUCUGACCGACGACAAGGUCAGCGUCAUCACGCAAGGAAUAGUCCAGGUCGAUGAAACGGGCAUCCAGACACAAGACGGAAAGCAUCACCCGGUCGAUGCUAUUGUGUGCGCCACUGGCUUUGACACCUCAUUCAUGCCUCGCAUCCCCAUCAUUGGCAGUCAAGGCCAGUCACUGGCAGAGAGGUGGAAGGCCGUUCCGGAGACGUACCUUUCCACGUCGACAGACGGCUUCCCCAACUUCUUUGUGAGUCUGGGACCCAACGGGUCCUUGGGGUCCGGCAACCUGCUCCUGCUUAUCGAAAAGGCCAUGGACUACAUGACCAUGUGCGUGGCCAAGAUGCAGCGAGACAACAUUGUCGCCAUGGCUCCUCAAAAACAGGCCGUCCAACGCUUCACCAAGUACUGCGAUGCGUAUUUCGACAAGACAGUCUUCACGCUCCACUGCCGCAGCUGGUACAAGGGAGGCACAUAUGACGGGAGGGUCAGCGCACUUUGGCCCGGUUCGUCUCUACACGCCAUGCAAGUCUUUGCUCAUCCGCGCUGGGAAGAUUUCGAAUACCGGUACGGCAAGGGCGAUGUGAACAGCUGGAUUGGCGAUGGAUGGACACAGCAGGAGAAGGCCAGGGCCGUCAACGUGGAUUAUCUCGAUGAUGGUCAGAUAGAUUUCCCCCCGGUGCCUUUGCCCUCGCCGGCACCGACACCGACAUCGGAUGCGCCCCGGUUGUAA